GAGCGUGGCUGCAAAGGACAGGGGGGCUCUGGCCCCAGGCACAGUGGGCUCACAGGGCUACAGGGGCUUGGUGGGAUAUGGUGGCAGCCCAGGGGCAAGGCCCCAGCCGCAAGGAAACGGGAAGUGAAGCUCUGGACUUUUGCUUUCACUUUUCUCCCUCCCCACCCCAGCAGAAACGGACUCCUUCCAAGUCUUCCUUAAAGAAGCCGGGGCAGCUUCUCCUGUCUGGGGGUGAUGGCAGACAAGGUGCUCGAGAACAUGCGGCUGGCCUUCGUGGGGCGUGCGAGCAAGCCGCUCAUCUCCGGGCUGCUGGAUGAGCUGAUGGCCCGGGGCGUGCUGAACCAAGAGGAGGUGGAGGAAGUGCAGGAGAGGUACACGGUGCGCACAGACAAGGCCCGCUGCCUCAUCGACUGCGUGCGCCUGAAGGGCCCCCGUGCAAGCCAGAUCUUCAUCGACAGCCUCUGGAAGCGUGAUGGUGCCUUGGCAGAGCAGCUGGAACUGGCCACUGGUGUGGGGCCCUCCAGUGCGCACCUGGCUUCCACCAGCCCCCUCAUUGCCAUCCAGGGCCAGCAGUGGAUCCGGCAGUGUUCCCUAAGCGAGUACCAGCACAUCAGGGCCAGAGAGGGAGACCAGAUCUAUCCCCUCUAUCUGCCGCUGGAGGUGCGAACCCGCAGGGCCCUGCUCAUCUGCAACAUUGAGUUUGAGCACCUGCGCCGGCGGGAUGGGGCUGAAGUGGAUGUGCAGGGGAUGACAAAGCUGCUCGAAGGGCUGGGCUACGUGGUGGACGUCCACCGCAACUUAUCUUCCGAGGAGAUGGCUACCAUCAUGACUGAUUUUGCAAGUUGCAAAGAGCACCACACCUCUGACAGCACCUUCCUGGUCUUCAUGUCCCAUGGGGUCAAGGCUGGGAUCUGUGGGACCAAGAGCAGGGACGAGGCCACAGACAUCCUCUCCCUCAGUACCAUCUAUGAGAAGUUCAACAACCAGCACUGCCAGGCGCUGCUGGGCAAACCCAAAGUGGUCAUCAUCCAGUCCUGCCGUGGAGGCAAGGCAGGCUCUGUGCUGGUGAGUGAUGCUGCAGACCUCUCUGUGCCUGCCUCCAGCUCUGCUCACACCGCCCUUGUGGCACUGGAGGAUGACGCCACCUGUGAAGUCCACCUGGAGAGUGAUUUUGCCACUUUACAUUCCUCCACACCUGAUACUGUCUCCUGGAGAUCAUUAACAGGGUCCAUUUUCAUCCAGCACCUGAUAGAGCAGUUCCGAAACCAUGCCUAUAACAGCGACGUGGAGGAGCUAUUCCGAAAGGUCCAAUAUUCCUUUGGAAAAUUCCCUCGGCAGUUGCCAGCGAAAGAGCGAACUACAAUGCUCAGGAAGUUUUACCUCUUCCCAGGCCACUGAUCUCCUGACUAUGGUGAGUCUCUUCACCUCACACAUCUGUGGCACUCUUUUGAGUGUGCCCCACACCCAGUACCCAGCCAGCAUGGAGGAGGGGGAGGAAUUCCCCAUUGCUCCUGGGCUCCAGAGCUCAUGGCUGGAUACCCAAAGGAUUUGUGUGCCAGUAGCUGGGGCCAGGCAGCAGCCUGACUCCAUCCCCAUCUCCCAGCUGGCCAUAGGAGAGGAGUUCUGAAGGAAUUCCUUACGUUAGCCUGUGUCUCAGGAGCUUU